CGAUAAACAAGCUCUUUUCUCUCAUACACACGUACCAUGGUUAAAGACACCAAGAGAUCGGUCCUGAAGAGAUCCCGUGAUGCGGAUUCGCCUAAGAUUUCCAAAAAAGUCAAGCAGGCGCCAGAGUCCUCUGACGAGGAUGUGGAGCUCCAGAAUGCCGAGUUGGUGAACGAAUUGGACGACGAGUUCGAGGAGAUUGCCGAGUUGCUCGACGGUGACGUGAAAGACCCAGAAACCAAGCGUAGCAAGAAGCAACAGGUUCGGGAAAUCACCGCGGAGGACGAGUUGGCAACCAACCAGAUCGCCACCAAGCCGACCGAAGACACGUCCAUCACAACCUCCGAGCUCUUCACAGACUUGGAGUUGUCUGAAAACACCUUAAAGGCGGUCCAGGAGAUGGGGUUCUCCAAGAUGACCGAGGUCCAGGCUAAGACCAUCCCGCCGCUUAUGGCUGGUAAGGAUGUGUUGGGUGCUGCCAAGACCGGCUCUGGUAAGACGUUGGCAUUUUUGAUCCCCGCGAUUGAGAUGUUGUACUCCUUGAGAUUUAAGCCAAGAAACGGGACUGGUGUGGUGGUCAUCACCCCGACCAGAGAGUUGGCGUUGCAGAUUUUCGGUGUGGCCAGGGAGUUGAUGGCGCACCACUCGCAGACCUUUGGGAUUGUCAUCGGCGGUGCCAACAGAAGAGCCGAGGCUGAGAAGUUGGCCAAGGGGGUCAACUUGUUGAUUGCAACCCCAGGGAGAUUCUUGGAUCAUUUGCAGAACACCCCAGGCUUUGUCUACAAGAACAUGAAGGCGCUCAUCAUCGACGAGGCCGACAGAAUCUUAGAGAUUGGGUUCGAAGACGAAAUGAAGCAGAUCAUCCGCAUUUUACCGAAGGAAAACAGACAGACCAUGUUGUUCUCGGCCACUCAGACCACCAAGGUUGAGGAUUUGGCCAGAAUCUCCUUGAGACCGGGUCCGUUAUACAUCAACGUCCACAGCGCGCAGGACACCUCUACCGCCGACGGCUUAGAACAGGGCUACGUGGUUUGUGAGUCUGACAAGCGUUUUUUGUUGUUGUUCUCCUUUUUGAAGCGCAAUGUGAAGAAAAAGAUCAUUGUGUUUCUCUCAUCCUGUAACUGUGUCAAGUAUUUCGGUGAGUUGUUAAACUACAUCGAUCUCCCGGUGCUAGACUUGCACGGCAAGCAAAAGCAGACCAAGAGAACCAACACGUUCUUCGAGUUCUGUAACGCCAAGUCGGGGAUCUUGGUGUGCACUGACGUCGCCGCCAGAGGCUUGGACAUUCCUGCGGUUGACUGGAUCGUUCAGUUCGAUCCACCUGAUGAUCCAAGAGAUUACAUCCACAGAGUCGGGAGAACCGCCAGAGGCAGUGCCGGGAAGGGAAAGUCGUUGAUGUUCUUGACCCCAUCCGAGUUGGGUUUCUUGAGGUACUUGAAGGCUGCCAAGGUGCCUUUGAACGAGUUCGAGUUCCCAACUUCCAAGAUUGCCAACGUGCUGUCCCAGUUGGAAAAGUUGAUAGCCUCGAACUAUCACUUGCACUCCUCCGCCAAGGACGGCUAUAGAUCGUACUUGCAGGCAUACUCUUCGCACCACUUGAAGACGGUGUACGCAAUUGACAAGUUGGAUUUGGUCAAGGUGGCCAAGUCCUUCGGGUUCAAGGUGCCACCUAAGGUGAACAUUACCAUUGGUGCCAGUGGCAAGACCGCUGAAAAGCAGCAGCAGAAGAGAAAGAACACCAGAAAGCAGCAGUAGGCUGCAAUGUACAUUAUAAUAUAGCGCGUGCGACUCUUGAGGUCAGGUUAAAUGAGUAGAACUGUUUGCGACGCAUGGGGUCAGGACAAUGCUAACUUGUGUGACAACAGCCCGGGCUGAGACGGCAAAAUACCAUGCUCAAUGCAAGAGCCGUAGACUGGAAUCUAACUGAGCUAUAGUAGUGAAUUCAAGCUCUUUUAAGGAAUAUCAUGGAUACGC